AUGGCCUGUCCACUCGACAAGACCUUGCACAUCGACAUCACGGGAAGGUCCGUGUGCUUGGAUGCUUGCCCCGACUGCUUCGUCAUGUCUCCGGAUGGUGCCUGCGAGUUUGACGCGUCGUCUGGGCCCUCCUGCUCCCACCAGGCCGCCUUCAAUCCCAGCGUCAUGCCGGAGGACCGCGGCGAUCCCGCCGCCUGCUCGCAGCUCGAUGUGAUGAAGCCCAGCUCAGGGUCUGUGACAGACUUCCUGAGCAUUGCGCAGCACGUCUCGGGUGCGGGAGCCCUCCUUGAGAUGUCGCCCACGCUCUGGACCAGCAAGUGGCAAAGCCGACACGAGGCAAGUCAGUCGAGGCAGAAAGCUGCCCGGCGUGCCAAGAGCAUGAUGCGGACAGCGCGAGGCAAGCUCGCCAACAAGCCGAAGCGCUUUGGCCACCUUAGCCGCCUUGGCCUCCUCGCAACCUCCGGCAGUAUGCCCCCCUCGAGCAAUUCCUCGUUGAGUGACCUGCUCGCAAAAGGGAAAAACUUCGUUGAAGAAACUGUUGAAGGAGUACAGGACGCCUUGCUCCCGGCAGCUGAAGCGGAAGCGAAGAAAUGGUUUGACACUCAGGUGAGCAACCUGAAGACCGAAGUCAAGGAUGAGGUGCAAGCAAGGUUGACCACAGCCGUGACGAACUUGCUUGAAGACUCUUCCAUCGGUCGAUCGCUCUUGGACAUCAUGGGAAGCUUCACGCCAGGCCAAGACUUGUGC